AUGGUUCAAAUCAAGCCUUUUGAGGUGGAGGAAUGGAUGGAUCGCUUGGAAACCACGCCAGGAGCCCUCAAUCUUGCCGAGACCUGUUGCGAGUCAGUGUCUAUUCAAGAACUCACGCAGUUAUGUUCCGACCCUACCGUUCCCGGCCCGCUUGACAUAGCAACCCGACGACUCACUUAUGGAGCAAUCUAUGGGUCGGAAGAAACGCGCCAAAACAUUGCCAAUCUGUACCGAGAUGAGGCUUCGGAGGACCUUCCCAGCGACCAGGUUGUCGUCACUCAAGGAGCCAUAGUCGCCAACUUCCUUCACCUGUACAGUCUCGUCGGCCCAGGCGAUCAUGUCAUCUGUAUCUAUCCCACGUACCAACAGCUCUAUGAGGUCCCCAAGAGCCUUGGGGCGGAGAUCAGUCUGUGGAAGACGAAGCCAGAGAACCGAUACAUUCCCGACGUCAAGGAGCUUGAGGGGUUGGUUCAAAAGAACACAAAGAUGAUCAUCAUUAACAACCCGAACAACCCUACUGGAGCGACAACGCCAAAGUCAGUCCUGCUUGAUAUUAUCGACUUCGCGAAAGCUAGGGGCAUCAUCGUUAUGGCGGACGAGGUCUACCGCCCUCUCUUCCACAGUUUGCCCGAGGGGGAGCCCAUUCCCCCAUCUAUCCUGUCCCUGGGAUAUGAGAAGACAGUUUCCACUUCGAGUAUGUCCAAGGCAUUCUCUCUCGCAGGCAUCCGCCUUGGGUGGAUUGCGUCCAGAGACCCAGCCAUCAUCGACGCCAUCAAGAGCGCCCGGAACUACACCACUAUCAGCGUUUCCCAACUGGACGACAGAGUGGCAGGAUACGCGCUCUCAGAUGCGGUGAGGCCGAACCUUCUGAAGAGGAACAUUGAGCUUGCGAGAACCAACCUUGCUCUCGUUGAGGACUUCAUCAACAAGCACAGCUCUUCCUGCUUCUGGGAAAUCAAACCCACUGCAGGCACCACUGCCAUGAUUGGUUUCAAGAGAAACGGCAAGCUUGUGAACGACGCCGAUUUCUGCCUGGAGAUUCUGAAGGCCACCGGCGUCCUUGUCAUGCCAGGCUCAACCUGCUUCGGGCAAGGGGUUGAGUUUGAAGGGCAGAUGCGGUUCGGAUAUGUUUGUCGCACAGACGUGUUGAAGGAAGGAUUGGAAAAGCUUGGCAAAUAUCUUGAAGAAAGGUCGUGA